ACAGACUAGAGCCCAGUGAUCUUAGGACAAAUGUACAGCUUCUCUCAGAGUCUCUCACAGUCUGAGACACUAGCACCUGUCAUCCCGGCCACCACACUCCUGGUCACUCCAAAAGCUCCAGCCAUACCUGCCUUUGUUGAGCUGUUUCCUCAGCCAGGUGUACCUUCCCCUUCCCUCUUUACCUGGUUAACUCCACCUCACCCUGCAGCCUCAGCAUAAGGUUGCCUUCUCCCAGAAGCUUUCCUGUAUGCCCCAACAAAGUGGGGGUCCUCCUGCCUGUGUAUUCACUCCUAGUGCCUGGAGGCAUUUCCUGAGGUUGGCAGAUGCCAAACCAAUCCUGGUAGCAAACGUGCACAAGACUCAGAAAAGGGGCCUCAAAAUAUGAAGCCACAAGGGGGCAAACACGUCUUGGCGACCUCCAGGUAGAUGCUGUGCAACACUGGACUGCAGGGAUAUCCGGGUCCUCCCACCUCCCUGCCAGGCUUUCCCAGCCACUUGGCUGCUGCCUCUGGCACCUCCUUGCUGUGUGGUACUGCAGGGUGAAGACCUCUCAGAACUUCCAUUUCCUCAAUUAUCAAGAGACCAGUACAUGGCCUGCUGAUUUCCCCAAAAUCAGGCCAUGGGCUCACACGUGAUGGAUCCAGUGUCUGCCAGAUGCUGCUGGGAGGGCCUGCAUCCCCGUUUUAUGAUGAGAAAAUGGGAAGAAGCUGGAAGUAGCAGAGCUGAGGGUUAAAUCCAUAUCUGACCUCCAAAGUUGAACCUUUCAGGUGCACCCAGCUCCUGGUACCCUCCACUCCCGUUGCCCUUCUCCUGACACCCAUGUGUGCGUGUGAAGACUGUUCUAAAGGAAUGACCAUCUCAGGCUGCUCUGGAAGCAGGUGUUCGUUCAGGGACCCCAGAGAAGACACAUGUCUGAAGUGGUUUUAUAGAGACCUGGGCAGCUCAAAUGCUUCCUGGGGCCCACCCUUAACAGAGCGGUGAAUCCUGUAGCCAACUGACCUGUGUGUUCCUUCCUGUAGCCCCUGUCCCCAGAGGGUUGGAGAAGGGGCCUUCUAGGGUCUGGUAGCAGCUUCCAUCAAUCCUUGACCUUUUCCUUCAUGCUCAGAGCCUCAAACUGCCAGCUCCCUCGGCCCUGCCAGUUCUGGAGCUCUCUCCCCGCCCCUGGGCCUCGCUUCCCUCCCCUGUAGCUGCUGGCCCCUCCCGCCAAAGGAAGUGAAAGGGGGGGCGCUGUAAGAGGAACUAGGGCUGGGAGUCUGGUGAAGGAGAGGGAGCAGGGCCAUGCCUGACCUACCCCCCGGAGCCCCCUGAGCCUGCACCCCUGCCACGACCCAUUCAGGCACCCCCCAGAAACCCAGACACCACCUCCUACCAUGGGCAGCAAGGAGCGCUUCCACUGGCAGAGCCACAAUGUGAAACAGAGCGGCGUGGAUGACAUGGUGUUGCUGCCUCAGAUCACCGAGGAUGCCAUCGUGGGCAACCUCCGAAAGCGCUUCAUGGAUGACUACAUCUUUACCUACAUUGGCUCCGUGCUCAUCUCUGUAAAUCCCUUCAAGCAGAUGCCCUACUUCACUGACCGUGAGAUCGAUCUCUACCAGGGCGCGGCCCAGUACGAGAACCCCCCACACAUCUAUGCCCUGACCGACAACAUGUACCGGAACAUGCUCAUCGACUGUGAGAACCAGUGUGUCAUCAUCAGUGGAGAAAGUGGAGCUGGGAAGACCGUGGCAGCCAAAUACAUCAUGGGCUACAUCUCCAAAGUGUCUGGCGGGGGCGAGAAGGUCCAGCACGUGAAGGAUAUCAUCCUGCAAUCAAACCCACUGCUCGAGGCCUUCGGCAACGCCAAGACAGUGCGCAACAACAAUUCCAGUCGUUUCGGCAAGUACUUUGAGAUCCAGUUCAGCCGUGGCGGGGAGCCGGAUGGGGGCAAGAUCUCCAACUUCCUGCUGGAGAAAUCCCGCGUGGUCACGCAGAAUGAAAGCGAGAGGAAUUUCCACAUCUACUACCAGCUGCUGGAAGGGGCCUCCCAGGAACAGCGGCAGAACCUGGGGCUCAUGACCCCCGACUACUAUUUCUACCUCAACCAAUCGGACACCUACAAGGUGGAUGGCACCGAUGACAGGAGUGACUUCAGUGAGACUCUGAGCGCCAUGCAGGUCAUCGGGAUCCCACCCAAUGUCCAGCAGCUGGUCCUGCAGCUCGUGGCGGGGAUCUUGCACUUGGGAAACAUCAGCUUCUGUGAAGAAGGGAAUUACGCCAGGGUGGAGAGUGUGGACCUCCUGGCCUUUCCCGCCUACCUGCUGGGCAUCGACAGUGGGCGGCUGCAGGAGAAGCUGACCAGCCGCAAGAUGGACAGCCGCUGGGGCGGCCGCAGCGAGUCCAUCGACGUGACCCUGAACGUGGAGCAGGCGGCCUACACCCGCGACGCCCUAGCCAAGGGGCUCUACUCCCGUCUCUUCGACUUCCUGGUGGAGGCCAUCAACCGUGCUAUGCAGAAGCCGCAUGAAGAGUACAGUAUUGGCGUGCUUGACAUCUACGGCUUCGAGAUCUUCCAGAAAAAUGGCUUUGAGCAAUUCUGCAUCAACUUUGUCAAUGAGAAGCUACAGCAGAUCUUUAUCGAACUCACCCUGAAGGCUGAGCAGGAGGAAUAUGUCCAGGAGGGCAUCCGCUGGACCCCCAUCCAGUACUUCAACAACAAAAUCGUCUGCGACCUCAUUGAAAACAAGCUGAGCCCCCCAGGCAUCAUGAGUGUGCUGGACGACGUGUGCGCCACCAUGCACGCUACAGGGGGUGGCGCCGACCAGACGCUGCUGCAGAAGCUGCAGGCAGCUGUGGGCACCCAUGAGCACUUCAACAGCUGGAGUGCCGGCUUCGUCAUCCACCACUACGCUGGCAAGGUCUCCUAUGAUGUCAGUGGCUUUUGCGAGAGGAACCGAGAUGUUCUCUUCUCCGACCUCAUAGAGCUGAUGCAGACCAGUGAGCAUGCCUUCCUCCGGAUGCUCUUCCCUGAGAAGCUGGAUGUAGACAAGAAGGGGCGCCCCAGCACUGCUGGCUCCAAGAUCAAGAAACAAGCCAACGACCUGGUUGCCACACUGAAGAAGUGCACACCCCACUAUAUCCGCUGCAUCAAACCCAACGAGACCAAGAGGCCCCGUGACUGGGAGGAGAGCAGGGUCAAGCACCAGGUCGAGUACCUGGGCCUGAAGGAGAACAUCCGGGUGCGCCGGGCAGGCUUUGCCUACCGCCGCCAGUUCGCCAAGUUCCUACAGAGGUAUGCCAUUCUGACCCCCCAGACAUGGCCACGCUGGCAUGGGGACGAGCGUCAGGGGGUCCAGCACCUGCUGCGUGCCGUCAACAUGGAACAGGACCAAUACCAGAUGGGGAGCACCAAGGUCUUUGUCAAGAACCCCGAAUCACUCUUCCUUCUAGAGGAGAUGCGAGAGCGAAAGUUUGAUGGCUUUGCCCGCACCAUCCAGAAGGCCUGGCGGCGCCACGUGGCAAUCCGGAAGUAUGAGGAGAUGCGGGAGGAAGCUUCCAACAUCCUGCUGAACAAGAAGGAGCGGAGACGAAAUAGCAUCAAUCGGAACUUUGUUGGGGACUACCUGGGACUGGAGGAGCGGCCAGAGCUGCGUCAGUUCCUGGGCAAGCGGGAGCGAGUGGAUUUCGCUGACUCGGUCACCAAGUACGACCGCCGUUUCAAGCCCAUCAAGAGGGACCUGAUCCUGACGCCCAGGUGUGUUUAUGUGAUCGGGCGGGAGAAGGUGAAGAAGGGACCAGAGAAGGGCCAGGUGCGUGAGGUCCUGAAGAAGAAGCUGGAGAUCCAGGCCCUGCGGGGAGUUUCCCUCAGCACGCGGCAGGACGACUUCUUCAUCCUCCAGGAAGAGGCGGCCGACAGCUUCCUGGAAAGCAUCUUCAAGACCGAGUUCGUCAGCCUGCUGUGCAAGCGCUUCGAGGAGGCAGCACGGAGACCCCUGCCCCUCACCUUCAGCGACACACUACAGUUCCGGGUGAAGAAAGAGGGCUGGGGCGGAGGUGGCACCCGCAGCGUCACUUUCUCGCGGGGCUCCGGGGACGUGGCGGUGCUCAAGGCUAGCAGCCGAGCCCUCGCAGUCAGCGUGGGCGACGGGCUGCCCAAAAGUUCCAAGCCUACACGUAAAGGAAUGGCUCAGGGAAAACCUCGAAGAGCGGCCCAGACCCCUUCCCGGGCAGCCCCUGGACCUCCCAGAGGUCUGGACCGCAAUGGGGUGCCCCCCUCUGCCAGAGGGGGCCCCCUGCCCCUGGAGAUCACAUCUGGAAGGGGCUCUCAGCGACCUCCCCGAGGCCCUCCAUCCUCAGCCCUAACGGCCAGCAGACGGCCCCGGGCACGGCCCCCCUCUGAGCAUAACACCGAAUUCCUGAACGUGCCUGAUCAGGGAGUGGCUGGCAUGCAGAGGAAGCGCAGCGUGGGGCAGCGGCCCGUGCCUGGUGUGGGCCGACCCAAGCCCCAGCCACGGAUACAUGGUCCAAGGUGCCGGGCACUGUACCAGUAUGUAGGUCAAGACGUGGAUGAGCUGAGCUUCAACGUCAAUGAGGUCAUUGAGAUCCUCAUGGAAGAUUCAUCAGGCUGGUGGAAAGGCCGGCUGCAUGGCCAGGAGGGCCUCUUCCCCGGAAACUAUGUGGAGAAGAUCUGAAUGGGGGGCCCAGAUUCUGUCUGUCCUCCUGCCAGGGAGCCAGGCCCUGCUGGCAGGGGUCUCAUUUCCCUUGGUUGCAUUAACCAGAAGGUCCAGCCUGGUCCAGUCCAGGCUCUGGGUGGGUCUGAGGGGUCACCACUGCAGCUACUUCUGGGCCCUGGCCUCCCGUGUCACACCCGUUUCCACCUGUGGCACACAGGGCUAACAGCAGAACCUACCUCCCAGCUACCUUGUGAGUAUAAAAUGAGUCAUGUCCUAUCAGCAAAGCACGGCUCAAAGUAGGGAGGCCUUGACGAGUGUGACCUCCCUCCUUCUCCACUGAGGCAAUAAAUGUUUGCCGGGUAGAAGUA